UCGAAAAUUCGUUAUAAUAAUUUAAAUAAAGUGCACAUAAAUGAUAAUACUAAAAGAAAAUAAUGAAAAAUAUUUUGUGCACGAAACAGAGUGUAUGUAUAAUAUAUAGCAGAUAUGGAAUAUUAUCUUCAGAAGCGGUUAAAAAGUUACUUCUUGGCUUGGUAAAGAUGUGAUUUAAUGAUAUGGUGCGCUUACACAAUUACACCGGAAGUACUAAACGUAUUCAUGAAGUGAAGCGAAAUUGUACGACUACUAUUAGAAAUAUUACGUCAAAAUUGUUAAAUAAUUUAUCUUCGCCUAACAAAAAUUACAUACACACAUUACACGCAUGUCACGUGUAGCGAAUAAAAAUGCAAUAACUUAUUAAUAAAUCGUUGUAUAGUUCUCCUUAAGAUAAGGUGGCCACUUCAAAGUUAGCCACUAAAACUACCUUUCACAAUUCUGAUCGACGAACACGUUCGACGUAAAGUUGUUUAACCGAAUAUAGAUGAAUAUUUUAGACAAUCUUUGGUUCUCCUACACAUGCCUGUAUGCUUGUAAAGGCUCAUGCAGAAAGACUCAAAGUAAUUCGAAUUCUUUAAAGUAAAAAUACUGUUAUUUAUAAACGGAAACAAGUUAUUUAAAUAUAAAUAAAGAAGUGUACAUAUGCUAAAAUAUUAAAAUAUCAGUAACUCUACAAAGAAUUGAUUUCACAUACAAAGGUUCACUUUCACAAGACACCUAAUGAGAGAAGAAGGAAACAUGUUAAAUGGCAUUAAGCAGUAAAAUAAAAGAAAUUCUUACCAAGAUGUGUAAACACUGUAAUGGAAAGGCCAAUUAUUCGUAAAAAUGGGGUUACAUUGCCUUUUUAAGGCUAUCUUGAUCGUAUACGCCAUUAAAGCUGAUUUUGGCUUAAUUGCAAAUGGGCUAGACUUGCAAGGACCGAUAUUUCUACAUGAACCACCGCAUCGCAUCGAGUUUUCAAAUAAUACUGGCGGCUUAAUAGAAUGCUCUGGACAUGGAAGCCCUCCACCAGAGGUGGAAUGGACGCCAAUACCUCCCCAACAGGACAUGGUCUUCACGCUCUCCAACGGUAGCCUAAUGUUUUAUCCCUUUUCAGCAGAAAAGUACAGGCAUGAAGUGCAUGCUACAGUAUACAGAUGUAAAUUGCGGAAUCUUGUUGGUACAAUACUGAGCAGGGAGGUACAUGUGCGCGGAGUUGUCAACCAAAAAUAUACAGUGCAAGUUCAUGAUGAAUAUGUGAUGACUGGAAACACGGCUGUGUUAAAGUGCCAGGUGCCUAGCUACAUGUCGGAAUUUGUUAUGGUGACAGCUUGGGUUCAAGACACUGGCAUGCAUCUCUAUCCAAACACAGACAUAGGGGGAAAAUAUACAGUGCUAUCAAAUGGCGAACUGUAUAUAAAUAACGCAGGGCCAAAUGACGCAUUUAAAAGUUACACCUGUCGUACUGUGAAUCGACUAACAGGUGAAAUUCAAAUAUCUACAUAUCCUGGACGCAUCAUUGUCACAGAACCAAAAGGAAUGGUGCAACCUCGCAUAAACGUCGAAAAGCACUCACUUCGACAUGUUAUGCUUAAUGGACAAACAACACUGCCCUGUAUUGCUCAAGGUCAUCCAGUGCCAACUUAUCGCUGGUUUAAGGAGGAAAACGAACAACUAUUGCCGCUGCAGCUAAGUGAGCGUAUUACAAUCGUUUCUGCAGGAUUGUUGAAGAUAGCGAAGGCCCGUCUAGAAGAUAGUGGAAAAUAUCUUUGUUGGGUUAACAACACUGCCGGUGAGGAAACAAUUCAAGUGUCAUUAACGGUGACGGCACCUUUAACAGCUCAUCUGCAGCCUCAGGUACAAACAGUAGAUGUUGACAAGGAUGCGCAAUUUCAAUGUAUUGUGUCCGGACAUCCGGUGCAUGACGUCAAUUGGUUACAUGACGGAAAACCAAUAUUGCGUGACAAUCGGGUAGAGAUACUAACUGACCCACCAAGACUGAUAAUUAAGAAAGUGCAAAAGGACGAUCCAGGAAUGUAUCAGUGCUUUGUUUCAAAUGAGUGGGAGCAAAUUCAGUCGACAGCUGAAUUACAACUGGGAGAUGCAUCUCCAGAGCUACUUUAUUGGUUUUCGGAGCAAACAUUGCAACCAGGACCCACUGUAUCGCUAAAGUGCGUAGCAACUGGAAACCCUUUACCUCAAUUUACAUGGUCACUAGAUGGAUUUCCGAUUCCGGACAACUCUCGGUUUUUGGUUGGUCAAUAUGUAACCAUUCAUGAUGAUGUUAUCAGUCAUGUGAACAUAUCAAAUGUUAAGGAGGAAGAUGGCGGAGAGUACGCUUGUACAGCACAAAAUUCCAUUGGAAAGGUAUCUCAUAGUGCUAAGGUGAAUAUCUACGGGCUUCCAUAUAUACGAGAAAUGCCUAAAAUAACCGGCAUAUCAGGUUCGGAUUUAAUAGUGACAUGCCCCGUAGCUGGUUAUCCGAUAGAUAAAAUUCAUUGGGAACGUGAUGGUCAAACUCUACCUAUAAAUCGCAGGCAACGUGCAUAUAACAACGGCACUCUAAUAAUAGAGCAACUUCAGCGACUAGAAGAUGCGGGCACUUACACCUGCAUGGCUCAAAAUAAACAGAAGCAAACGUCCCGCCGCAACGUGGAGAUUCAAGUUCUAGUUCCUCCAAAAAUAAUGCCAAUCCAGGCGAUGACAAAUAUGUUGCGUGAAGGAAUGCGGGCUGCGAUUUCAUGCCAAAUACUGGAGGGAGAUUUGCCAGUGAGCUUUCGUUGGGAACGUAAUGGAAAACCAUUAAUAGGAACAGGGAAUGAGGUAUUUCGCCGAUUAGACGAAUACUCUGCCAGUUUGGUGAUAGAACACAUUACUUCUGAACAUUCGGGCAACUACACAUGUAUUGCCAGUAAUGUUGCCGGUUUGGAACGUUUCACAGUACCGCUUACAGUGAAUGUCCCCCCAAAGUGGAUAUUGGAACCCAAAGACUCCAGCGCACAGGCUGGACAAGAUGUUUUACUUCACUGUCAGUCUUCUGGAUAUCCGAAGCCAACAAUUACAUGGAAAAAAGCAAUUGGCCCUACUCCGGGAGAAUAUAAAGAUUUUUUGUAUGAACCUACUGUACAGCUGUUUCCCAAUGGAACAAUAUACUUCAAGAAAAUAAGCAAGGAGUCACAGGGCCACUUUCUCUGUGAGUCAAAAAACAACAUCGGUUCUGGAGUGAGCAAAGUAAUUUUUCUAAAAGUGAAUGUACCUGCCUACUUUCAAACGAAAACUAAGCAAAUUUCGGUUGCGAAAGGGAAGCAGGUUCACAUUCAAUGUAAUGUUCAAGGUGACAAUCCUAUCGAUAUCAAAUGGAAAAUACAUGCUACACAACAAUUUUUGGAUGAAUCGUUGGAUUCCAGGUAUACAAUUCGGGAUCAGAUAUUAGAUGAUGGGAUGGUCUCCGAAUUGGGCAUAUCACAUACAUAUCGACAAGAUACUGGGAUUUAUAUAUGCCAAGCUAGCAAUGCAUUUGGUCAGGAUGAAAUGUCCAUUCAGUUAAUUGUACAGGAAGUUCCAGAGCAACCGAAAAAUCUGCGUAUUAACUCACAACAAUCACGCAGCCUGCAACUUACUUGGAGUCAGCCCUUCGCAGGAAACAGCCCAAUUGAGGGAUAUCAUAUAUAUUAUAAACAAAUUUCCGAUAUUUGGCAAAAUGCAGAGCAUAUCACGAUCGCCGGUGGGCAAACGGUUGUUAAUAUACAAAACUUGCGACCUGCUAAAGCUUACCAUUUUCGGAUGACCUCUGAAAAUAAAUUGGGUGCUUCCGAGUAUUCGGAGGUCGUACAAGUAACCACACUGGAGGAAGUUCCUUCGGGUCCACCUUUGAAUGUGCGAGCAGAAGCAAAAAGUUCGACUGAGAUAUCGGUCACUUGGGAUGCACCAGAACGCGAUCAUUGGAAUGGGAUUUUGCUAGGUUACUAUGUCGGCUAUCAGAUGUCGUUGUCACCUGAAGACAAAGAGGUAAAUCCCACUCAAGGUUUUAGCUUUAAAACUGUGGAAGUGCGCUCACAUUUUGGAGGGGAAACUGUGUUGAGUAAUUUGAACAAAUACACACAGUACCAUGUUAUUGUACAGGCGUAUACUAGUCAGGGUAGCGGACCACCGAGCAGAGAAAUUGCAAUUCAAACAAUGGAAGAUGUGCCUUCUUCACCCCCAGAGAGCCCUCAGUGUGAUGUGCUGGGAUCAACAUCAAUUUAUAUAACAUGGUCACCACCAGAUGUUGAUGGGCAAAAUGGCAAGAUCAAAGGAUACAAAGUAUUUUAUAUAUCUGUCAAUGAAUUGUACGAAACGGAUCCCGACAUUGUGAAGUCAACCAAUCAAUAUGUUACGAUAGAAAAUUUGCGCAAAUACACCAAUUAUACGGUUUGGGUACUCGCUUAUACGAAGAUUGGGGACGGUAUGAAAACGAAGCCCUUUCACUGUCGUACACAUGAAGAUGUACCUUCUGCGCCACAUGCCAUUAAAGCGAUUCCUGCCUCAAGCACUAAAAUAAUUAUUUCUUGGCUGCCACCAGAAUUUCCUAAUGGAGAUAUUACCGGCUACACUUUCUAUAUGUCUAUGCUUGAGGGCGGUCGUGAAGAAGGCACUCACAAACGCAUACUUGGUCCCUUUGUUGAAAUGCAUGAGACUCAGCGGACGCAGGAAUCUGCCACAUAUCAAUUCUGGCUAACAGCGUCUACAAAGAUUGGUGAGGGGGACAAAACUCAAGUUGUUACUGUGCCUCCAAACAACAAAGUCCCAGCUCGCAUUGUCUCUUUUAGUCAGCGUAUAAUAAGCCCUUGGAAAGAGCAUCUAGAAUUACCAUGCCUUAAAGUAGGUUCCCCAGCGCCAGUGACAAUUUGGAGACAAGAUGGUCAUAAUAUGGAUACGAAUUCUCGCAAGGUUAUUGCGAAGAACGGCACACUUUAUAUACGAGACUGUCAGUCCACCGACGCUGGUAAUUAUACGUGCAGCGUCGAAAAUACAUGGGGGAAAGAUGAGAUUAUCUAUAACAUUGUCAUCAAAGUACCACCAGAAGCACCCAACCUUACGGUGGUGAAUAGUUAUACAGAUAGUUUACAUCUUGAAUGGAUGGACAAUAGUCACGGUGGAAGCCCAAUUCUUGGUUAUGUGAUAAAUUAUAAGCGAGAAAAUGGCGAUUGGGAGGAACUGCAAGUGGAUGCUAAAACUAACUCUCACUUAUUAACAAAUUUAUGGUGCGGGACACGUUAUCAACUCUACAUAACUGCAUACAAUAAGAUAGGCACAGGCUUGCCAUGCGACAUUGUAAAUUCAUACACGAAAGGAAAUCCACCAGUUCAGCCUAAACAUUCUCAAAUGAUUACGAACAAUUCGACAAGCGUCACUUGCUGGCUAGACUCAUGGGGCGAUGGAGGAUGUGGAAUUUUAUACUUCAUGAUUGAGUCCAGAGUGUUUGGGAGAUCUCAAUGGAAUGUAAUCUCAAAUCAUAUCCCUCCGACUGAACGCAUCUAUACGGUUAGUGAUUUAGUUCCAGGUACAAAAUAUCAACUGAAAGUAACCGCUCACAAUAAUGCUGGCUCUACCACAGCAGUAUAUAAUUUUACAACGCUCUCGCCACAAGGAGUUAUAUAUUCAACAGAUCACGCGAAUCCCGUGUCUCAUAUGAGUGAUAGUCCUUUUUAUGCGAAUUUUAAGGUGCUAAUUCCCGUCUGUAUUUCAAUGUUCAUGCUAUUAGGUAUAAUAGCAGCUGUGCUACUUAUUCGCAAACGAAAAAUUGACAAUCAAGCGCGUUUGGCUUCUUCUUCAAUGUCCGAGUCCCCAUCCCUGGCCAAUUUGCAAAAUAAACAAAAUCGAGAUCAGCAGUACUUGGCCGUUCGUUGCAAUCCUGGUAGUGGACCAACUCGUGGUUCGCAUUCUAACGACUCAGGCAGCUUUGGCAAAGCAGAAGGCAAUGAAUACAUAGAAGAUAUCUGCCCAUAUGCAACAUUCCAAUUAAAUAAACAAACAUAUAGCGAAAGCUCAUAUAGCGGUAAUGUAUACAGUGGACCGUACCAUUCGGUUCGUGGCUCAUUUGUGUAUCACGAUGUGAAGCCAGAUAAUUAUCAUUCGAAGGAACCAGAAUAUACAAAGGUGCGUCGGAAAGUAGGGCGUUUACGUGAUCCGCAUUCGGAAAGUCAAGAAUCGGACAAUCCAGGUUCAACAGAUUCCGAAGUUAGGAAAAUCCUAACUCUUCACAUACCAAUUACAGAAUAUGACACACUAGGAUCCGAGUCCGACAACGACGUGUCUACCCGAGCAAUGAACUCUGCGAAGUAUCGUACUCAACGUGAUACCCAAGAUGAAACAUCUUCAUCGUCGGAGACGACACCGACAAGUUUAUCGAGGAAAUCGAAACCGCCAUUUGUAGCUCGUAAAAGCGGAAAAUCUGGUACAAGCGGCAAGCGCCACGUACGAAGCUCCAGCGGUUAUUCAAGUCACAACGAAGAAACUACGUUUAGCAUAUCUAACUACCCACAAAGUUAUCAGGACCAUAUAAAUCCACCUGCGCGUUUUUCCGAUUCUAACGAUAAAUCGAAGGCCCAAACUUCACCUCGCGUACGCGGCAAUCAAAAACUGCAAAGGGAAGCUUUUCAAAUUAAUGUGUAACAACAACGGACUAAAGCACUACAGUUUUUCAAAGGCAAGCAUACAUAGUGCACAAAGCCAAAUAUGUUCCAAAUCGGAAUGCUAAAAAAUUUUGUAUUUUUGUUAAUUUAUAUUCGGUUGUCAGCUUGUAUUUCUAUCUAUAUUGAAUUUGCAUACAUCCUAAACUACAUUCAUAUAGAUUAUGCAACUCAGAACUGAGUGACAUUGAAAUAAACGAAGAGUUGGUGUUAUUCAACAAAAUCUUACACGGCCCGAAUUAGUUAACAUUAAAUAAUAUACAGUUUGUCAACAAAUUCUUUGCAAAAUGAAAAUUGACUCAAAAAAUCAAUUUUGACAUUAAAUUUCUGUAACAAAGGUUUAGUUUUUUAUGAUUUUUCUUUUACAGUAUUAUUAUAGGAUAUAUCUAGUCAUAGAAUAUGUUAAAAAAAUAACAAAAGUAAAAACAAAAACAUAAGAUAGGACUCAAAUAAGCAAAAACAACAAAAAACCAAUUGUCAAUCAAUUCUUUGCAAAAUGCAAGCACAUGUCGAAGAACGAAUUCAUGAGAAAUGAACGGGACAUUUUCAAAAAAAAAAAGCCAACACGUGUUCUUUUCGGAAUAUUCUGGCAUAUAUUCAUGUUUCGAAUCGUCAUGCAAAUGAGUUCAUGAGAAAUUUAACCAAUUGGUAUAUUUCCAUUAUUUCAAAGAAAAAAAUAAAAAAUAGGUGUCCAAAAUUUUUAAUAUUAAGCUAAGGACUAAGUAUAUACAACAUUAUUCAGGUGCAAAAAAUAAAAUAUACUGCAUUGGAAGAACUCUGGACGCAAACUUUCAGAGCUUUCAUUUUGGGAUUUUUCUAAAAUAAUACAAUAAGUAGAUAAAAACCCCAAAAAUUUGACUGAAAGAGAUGGGGAAAAAUAAAAAAUAGUAUUACAGCAACAACAGUAACCAUGAGGAAGUGAGAAAAGAGUCAGUACUCGUCCCAAGUAGCGUGGAAAAAGCCACCGCUUUCUGUCAUUAAAAUUAAAAAAUAUAUCAAAUUCGCUAUAGAUGAUUAUUAUAGGCCAACGUAGGACUGAAGUCUGUUUCCGCCAAACUUUUCUGGGUCCAUCAUGAUGCUACGUCAUUGUCUUCGUCUAGUCACAAAAAAUAACGCCAUUCCAGUAUUCCAUUGGCUUAGUAACAUCAACUACAGCUAAUUUUCAAUAGCAAUAGAUGCUAUUGGUAUAUAACUGUGGCAUUUUCCUGGCUACAUGGGACGAGUACUGGGGAAGAUUCAAACUAUUCUCACUUCCUCAUGGUUACUGUUGUUGUUGUAAUAUUUUUUUAUAUUUUUCCCCAAUUAUUUCGGGCACAUUUUUGGGGUUUUUAUCUACUUAUUGUAAUACUUUAGAAAAAUCCCAAAAUGAAAGCUCUGAAAGUUUGCGUCCAGAGUUCUUCCAAUGCAGUAUAUUUUAUUUUUUGCACCUGAAUAAUGUUGUAUAUAGUCCUUAGCUUAAUAUUAAAAAUUUUGGACACCUAUUUUUUAUUUUUUUCUUUGAAAUAAUGAAAAUAUAUCAAUUGGUUAAAUUUCUCAUGAACUCAUUUACUUGACGAUUCUUAUUUUCAACUAGAUCGGUAGUUCCAAUUAGAUCUGUGCAAUUCGAAACAUGAAUAUAUGCCAGAAUAUUCCGAUAAGAACACGUGUUGGCUUUUUUUUUUUUGAAAAUGUCCCGUUCGUUUCUCAUGAAUUCGUUCUUCGACAUGUGCUUGCAUUUUGCAAAGAAUUGAUUGACAAUUGAUUUUUUGUUGUUUUUGCUUAUUUGAGUCCUAUCUUAUGUUUUUGUUUUUACUUUUGUUAUUUUUUUAACAUAUUCUAUGACUAGAUAUAUCCUAUAAUAAUACUGUAAAAGAAAAAUCAUAAAAAACUAAACCUUUGUUAAAGAAAUUCAAUGUCAAAGUUGAUUUUUUGAGUCAAUUUUCAUUUUGCAAAGAAUUUGUUGACAAACUGCAAUAUGAAAUACCAAUAGUAUGAUAAUUGUUUCUACGAAUCUACUGAAAUUAUAUUACAUGUAUGUAUACUUUCUCGUAUAUGAUAGAGAAAAUAAUUACGUACUGUACGAAAAUGGUAAUAUGAAAUAUUUAAGAAAAAAUACACCAGUGUAUAUAAUAAUUUAUGUUUUUCAUUUAAUCACAAGAAUAUCGAAAAAUGCAUACGCAUAUAUAAUAUUAAUAAUACAAUAUAAAUAAAUUAUCUAUUACACAAAUGUUUUCACUCAAUCAACUUAUAGUGAAUAAAUUUCUGUAAAAGUUUAAUUCAUUGAAAAUGAAUACAAAUAAAUAUAAAUCACAAAAAGACUUAUUUACACGAGCUACUUAACUAUAAAAAUAUAUAUAGUAUAACAUAAUUAUUAUAUAUAUAAUUAUUAAUAAUAUUUAUUACCAUUUAUAUUAUGCUUCAAUGUUUUUUAAUAAAUAGAUGUUAUAAUUUUUUCUAUUUAAAUAUGCAAACAAAUAAGAUAAUAAUUAUUGUUAAAGUUAUGACUAUACACACUUUUUCGGAAGAGUUGCAAUAUAUACGUUGUUAUAAAUUAGGCCCCGAUACAUAUGGAACAUUUUGGCCCUAUUAUGAGUUGCAUUUGAUCAGCGAUUCUCAAUUACAAAAAAAGUGAUGAAAUUAUACAAUAUAUAUUUAUUAUAUAUAGUUAUAUAAUUUUGUUUGAUUCAUUCCGUAAUUAAGGCUUUGAUUCAAAACAAUUUUUUAUUACAUUUACAGGUCUAAGGUUGUGAGUACAAAAUAUUAAUGAAAUACAAUUAUUUGUGAUGAAUUGGUGAACUAGAGAAUGCGCAAUCAUCAUCAAAUGAGCGCAAUAAGGCAAUUUAAAAUUUGUUCACUAUUCAUUUAGAAAACUCACUAUAAUUUCAACAGAUUUGCACAGCUCAUAAUAUGACUUCGACAAUCUUAAUCAUAAUGGGAGCAUAUGUAAAACAUAUUAUUUUAUUCUUAGGAUUGAAAAACUUUAAAAAAUUCAACGCAAAUUUUUUUUAUUAAAAAAAUAUUAUCAAUAAAUAAUUAAAAAAAAUCCGUAAAGAACUGAGAUCGCGUAUGGUUUCUCGUGACAGUCACGCAAUGUAAUAAAUAUUCCUAAUAUAUAUUUAUAUUUUAAAUAUAAUGUUUUUUUUUAAUUACAAUGUUUCUUCCUGGUAAAAACAACAAAUAAUCCAGUCCUUUGAUCCUUCUGUAAAUUGGCAAUAUUUUUUCUAUGACGAGAAAUCUAUUUAAAUUAAGAAUGUUUUAAUAACACCCAUGUAAUGGCAUUGUCAGUUUAUUUAAUAAUUACCUUGAAAAUAAAACAUUAAUUGUUCUUCUUCUUCUUGACUGGCGUAGACACCGCUUACGCGGUUAUAGCCGAGUCCAAAACAGCGCGCCACGCAUCCCUCCUUCUGGCAGUUUGGCGCCAAUUGGUUAUUCCAAGCGAAGCCAGGUCCCUCUCCACCUGGUCCUUCCAUCGGAGUGGAGGUCUCCCUCUUCCUCGGCUUCCACCAGCGGGUACUGCAUCGAAUACUUUCAGAGCUGUAGCACUUUCAUCCAUUCGAACAACAUGACCUAGCCAGCGUAGCCGCUGUUUUUUUAUUCGCUGGACUAUGUCAAUGUCGUCGAAUAACAAAUACAGCUCAUCGUUCAUCGUCUGCGGUAUUCGCCGUUGCCAAUGUUUAAGGGACCAUAAAUCUUUCGCAAAACCUUUCUCUCGAAAACUCCUAGUGCCGUCUCAUCAGAUGUUGACAUCGUCCACGCUUCUGCACCGUAAAGUAGGACGGGAAUGAUGAGAGACUUGUAGAGUUUGGUUUUUGUUCGUCGAGAGAGGACUUUACUUUUCAAUUGCCUAUUUAGUCCAUAGUAACACCUGUUGGCAAGAGUGAUUCUGCGUUGGAUUUCCAGGCUGACAUUGUUAUUGCUGUUAAUGCUGGUUCCCAGGUAGACGAAAUUAUCUACAGCUUCAAAGUUAUGACUGUCAACAGUGACGUGGGAGCCAAGACGCGAAUGCGCAGAUUGUUUGCUUGAUGAGAGGAGAUAUUUCGUCUUGUCCACAUUCACCUCCAGACCCAUUCGCUUCGCCUCCUUAUCCAUGCGGGAAAAAGCAGAACAAACGGCGCAGUUGUUGCUUCCGAUGAUAUC